GAAAUUUUUUUUCCACUCAAAAAGCCCCAGAAAUAGCCACACUCACAGAGAGAGAGAGAGAGAGAGCCGAUUCAGAAAAGGGCGAGUGAGGAAGCUUAGUCGCUUGAGGAGCGAAUGACCGGAACGACGCUUACACCGCAGGCGGCGAGUAACUUAGUCAGUCUCAAUAUUGGUGGCGGCGCCGGGCAGCAGGUCUCGGCUUCGUUCGUCAACUCCUUCCGAGUCACCGCCGUCGCCGACCGGCUGCUCGCUCACGUCCAGUCUGGUUAUCGCGGCGAUGCCAUGGAGUUCUUCAAUCUCUGCCUCUCUCUUUCCAGAGGAAUUGACUAUGCCGUUGCGAACAAUGAGGUUCCGGCGAAGGCGUCCGAUUUGCCUGUUCUGUUGAGACAGAUAUGCCAAAGGAAAAACAAUGACGUUUUGCUAGCUGCUAUCAUGGUGCUGAUGAUAUCUGUGAAGAAUGCUUGUAGUACUGGAUGGUUUUCGGAGAAGGAGAAUGAAGAGCUAUUUUCUUUAGCUAAUGAGAUCGCCAGUAGGUUCUGUGGCUCGGGGGAUAUUACAACCGGACCUAGCUGUUCUCUUUCUAAUGUUGAAAAAGUUAUGGAGAGAUAUUAUCCAACGAUGAAGAUGGGCCACAUUCUUGCCUCUCUCGAAGUUAAGCCUGGAUAUGGAACGUACGUGCUUGAUUUCCAUAUUUCAAAGAGUACUGCGUAUUCUCCUCAAGAAAAAAUUCGGUUAUUUGUUGCACAAACAGAUAAUAUGGAGACAUCUUCUUGUAUUAUAAGUCCCCAACAAGUGAACUUUCUUCUCAAUGGAAAGGGAGUAGAUAAAAGGAUCACUUGUUCAAUGGAUACUGGAUCACAGUUGCCUUCAAAUGUGACUGGAAUGCUUAAAUAUGGAACAAAUCUUCUUCAAGCUGUGGGCCAGUUCAAUGGUCACUAUAUCAUAGUGGUUGCCUUUAUGAGCAUCGCAUCAUCACUUGACACCCCGGUACUGAAAGAUUAUGUUCAGCCCAUCGUACCUUCCUCAUCAGAUACUGAUAUAGUUGAGGGGCGAUCAAAAAUAUCACUUAAUUGUCCCAUAAGCUCUAGGCGUAUCAAAACUCCUGUUAAAGGAUAUUUGUGCAAACAUCUUCAGUGCUUCGACUUCGAUAACUUUGUGGUUAUGAAUAUAAGACGACCAAGGUGGCGCUGCCCCCAUUGUAAUCAGUAUGUCUGCUAUUUAGACAUUCGGAUCGAUCAAAAUAUGGUUAAGGUCCUGAGAGAGGUAGGAGAGAAAUUUUCUCAAGUAAUUAUCUCUGAAGAUGGAUCAUGGAAGGUUGAGUUGGAAAAAAAUGAUGAUCUAGAUGUGGCAGACAAACUGAAAGAAACAUCUGAGAAGGAUGAUAGUACUCCAGGUCUUAGUGUUAUGGAUCUUACCAAUGAUGAUGAUAUUGAGAUGGAAACGGCUAGUGCUUGUGGACCUGAAGAUGUGAAACCUUUGAGCAAUACAAACACUGCUCAACUAGAGGAUGACUUUUGGUCUGGAGUUUACUUGGCUAAUAGCGGGCUCACCCCUGGCACACAAUUGGCUAAUUGUAUCUCUCCCGGUCCCAGUUCUUUACAACCUUCCUUGUUGUCUGAUGCUGUUUCUCUUGCACUUAAUCGAGAAGCUGGGAGUCAUAGGAACACAGAUUUUUUGGUGUCUGCAAUGCAUAAUCAAUUUUCUACUCCCAAUAAUGUGAACUCACAACAGUUGCAAUCUGCAAAUCCGAUUGCUAGCAAUGAGUAUGGGAUAUCACAAAUAUUACCCAGAGAACUGGGCUCCGGGCUGCCAAUAGUCAGGAAUCCAAUAGCAGUUCAGGCCCUUCCAGCAUCGUCCCCAACAAUGGGCUCGCAACAAAGACCCAGAACUAGUUUCAAUAAUUCAGCUCCCAAUAUUGCCUCCCUCACUUCGCAGGCCGGCCAGUCUAUCACUUCCCCAGCAAAUGUUCUCAAUGCAGUAUGUAGCGACUUGGAAAGGCAACAGCACUUCUCUAGGCCCCGAAUGAAUCCAGUUCAAGUGUCAGACAUUGCUUCAUCUUCAUUGCAUCAUGGCUCAAGAACAACACAGAAUCGGGUUCCCCUAGAUCGGUCCUUUACUCAUGGUCAAUCUGCUGUUGGCAUUCCGGUUCCAAGCCAAUUGCAAAGUGCUAGCAGAGUAUCUUCUGGGCUCCAGGGGUUCACAAAUGCACACCUACAGCAAGCUUUUAAUCCGAGGGCUCACCCAACUGUGGGCCAGUUUUCAAGUGCACAUUCCUCGCGGUCCCAUGUGAUGCAGGGGAGUGCACAAGUUGGAAUUGGUCAAACACCAAGUUCUUUAAACAACCAACAGAGUUUCAUAAUGGCUGCUCAGCGAGCUGCUCAGGCCAGGCAGUCUUCACCAAUGACAGCACAAAAUCAAACUCCCAGAACCAGGCCAUCUUUGUCUGUAAAUGCUGCAGGGUUUAGAGGAUCGGCAGGGGAUCAGCGUGGAAACAUUGGAGGAACUGUCCAAGCAGUUUCAGGGGCUGAUGGGUUGGGGAAUUCACCAUCUGAACAGAAUUGGCAACCAACAGGUCGAAUGCGUGGAAGUCUCUCAGGUCAGGCUUAUAGUGCUGCUUUGAACCAGUUCAUAAUUCGGCCAACCCAACCAACUGAAACUGCGAGACCUGCGCCACACCUGACCCCUCCUCCGCCACACCUGACCCCUCCCCCACACCUGACCCGUCCUCCACACCUGACCCGUUCCUCACACCUGACCUCUCCACCAUCUGUUGUUCCAUCCCAGCUGCCUACUAAUAUGAGCGCUCAGGUUCCUCAACUACCUAAUAGUCAUCCUCAAUAGAUUGUUCUUGUCUGAGUGGUUUCAUAUGAGUAUUCUGCACGGGUUGACUUGGAGUUGUUUAUGCUGUUGUAUAUAUUAUAAUAGUUGGUCAAUUUUGUAUUCCAUGGUCAACCGGGUAAGUUGAUUUAGGCAUUAGGAGUUUGUUCUGUAGAGUAUCAUUACAUAUUAGCCCCUAAUUAUAGUACAAGGUUUGUCUGUUGUAGUUGUGAUGUUAUCUAUAUAUCUAUUUAUAUCUAAUCGUUUUCUCUUCAACAACAA